AUGGAAUACAAAGAAACAUCUGCAGCUGAGUCAACUUCCAUAAUUUCUGCAAGUUUGCUCAUAUUGCUUUACUUGUUAUCCUCUUUGAAUAUAACAGAAAAUUAUUAAUUUAAUCCAUAUAUGUUAAUCAUUUCAAUUUGUGUUAUCAUAAAAGAACAGAAAAUUAGAAGCAGUCCUAUGUAGGCAAUAAAAUAGCCAUUGUUUAUAUAAGAAAAAUAUAUUAAUAAGGGCAUAAAGGCUUGUAGGAAUGUGCUUAAGGUAUCUCCAAGUCCAAGAGUAAUUUUAAAAUAUUAACUAUGUAAAACAAAUUAUAGGAAGUAGGUUUUUAUAGGAAAAAAUAAUUCUAAACAGAGCUUGGUGAUAAUUAUAGGAAAUAUCAAUCCUUCUGAAAAUUAUUACAUCCAAAAAGUCAGGCAGCACAUUGAUCCUGAUAUCAAGAAUAAAUAGAGUAUAACUUUUUUCAAAUCUAAAUUGAUAAGAAUAAAACUUGCAAUAUAGUUAGAGACUAUUUCUAUGAGAACGAUUAAAGUUAACUUUAGAUAGACAUCACCUUAUAUAAAAACAAGCGAUAUAUAUAAGCUGUAGUUUGCGAUAUUAGCAGAAACCCAGCAAGUCAAGAAUAUAAUUAUAUUUAAUUUUUAAGAGGGAUCUCUCUUCAGUUAAAGCCAUCUUACCCUCAUUUCUUGUUUUAUAGUUUGUAUGUUUGUUGAUUAAAUUUAAGUAGUUGGCUGCAACUGGACUAAAGUCUAGUAAGAAAGUUAAUUGGUUAUUUGA